GUGGGCAGGACCGAGAUCGCAAGCGCUAAUGGCCACGACUAUCGACAGUUGAAGCAAGUCUGACUGAGGGCACACCUCUAGUGCCGGUCCACCCCGGCCCGCCCACCGCCAGCGAGGACCAGGAGAGUCGAAUCCAAACUGAGAAAUGCUGGGGCGGGGCUGAGGCACGGGGCGGCUGUAGCUGUUAAGAGUUUAAACCAAUCAGCCCCCGGCUCCACUUCUCUCGACCAAUAGGAAGUAGGCUAAGGCGCAGAGACGGAAAGUGUGGCUACACGAGCAGGCGUCAGAGCCAAUCAGCCGUGAGCCUCGUUCCCGUUGUCCAACCAGCGGAGAGAGCGGGUAUGUGGGAGGGAGACCGGAGCAGCUGUCAGCCUAAAGUCCGGCGAGCUACGCGCGGCGGGGCGGCAGGAGGAGACGCGGCGAGGGGCCGGACCCUGGAGAUGGUCCCCGGCGCCGCCGGCUGGUGUUGUCUCGUGCUCUGGCUCCCCGCGUGCGUCGCGGCCCAUGGCUUCCGUAUCCAUGAUUAUUUGUACUUUCAAGUUCUGAGUCCUGGGGACAUUCGAUACAUCUUCACAGCCACACCAGCCAAGGACUUCGGUGGUAUCUUUCACACAAGGUAUGAGCAGAUUCACCUUGUCCCCGCUGAACCUCCAGAGGCCUGUGGAGAACUCAGCAAUGGUUUCUUCAUCCAGGACCAGAUCGCUCUGGGUGAUGAUCUGGGGAAAGUGGGAGCUAGGACCUGUCUUUCCUUUGGUCUCAUCACCACCUCUUCCAGGGGCUGCUCCUUCCUCUCCAAGACUCGAGUGGUCCAGGAGCAUGGCGGGCGGGCAGUGAUAAUCUCUGACAACGCGGUUGACAAUGACAGCUUCUACGUGGAGAUGAUCCAGGACAGUACCCAGCGCACAGCUGACAUCCCCGCCCUCUUCCUGCUCGGCCGAGAUGGCUACAUGAUCCGCCGCUCCCUGGAACAGCAUGGGCUGCCAUGGGCCAUCAUUUCCAUCCCCGUCAAUGUCACCAGCAUCCCCACCUUUGAGCUGCUGCAACCGCCCUGGACCUUCUGGUAGAAGAGUUUGUCCCACAUUCCAGCCAUAAGUGACUCUGAGCUGGGAAGGGAAAACCCAGAAAUUUUUGCUAUUUGGAAUUUGGGGAUAGCAUCUGGGGACAAGUGGAGCCAGGUAGAGGAAAAGGGUUUAGGCAUCGCUAGGCUGAAAGAGGAGAGCCAUACCACUGGCCUUCCCUUCCCCAGGGCCCCCAAGGGUGUCUCAUGCUACAAGAGAAGGCAAGAGACAGGCCCCAGGGCUUCUGGCUAGAGUCUGAAACAAAAGGUGCUGAAGGUGGGUGGCCUGAGAGCCAUCUGUAACCUGUCACAUCUCACCUGGCUCCAGCCUCCCCUACCCAGGGUCUCUGCACAGUGACCUUCACAGGAGAUGUUGGAGUGGUUUAAAGAGCUGGUGUUUGGGGACUCAAUAAAUCCUCACUGACUUUUUAGCAAUAAAGCUUCUCAUCAGGGUUGCAA